CCCUCCUGCUGUCCCACUAUGGAGGCACCCUCGGCAGGGAACAGAUCCAUCUUCAUGUGCAAACUCUGUAACUUAUUUUCCCCAAGCCAGUCAGAGCUGCUGUCCCACGUCUCCGAGAAGCACACGGAAGAAGGGAUUACGGCGGACGACAUCAUCAUUCCGCUCAGGCCUCUUACGGCGCCCUCCAAUCUGAAUAAAAGCGGGGAAGAGCUUCUUGUAGUGAAGAGGAGAAGAGGUAGACCCAAGGGCUCGACCAAGAAAUUUUAUGCUGAGGAAGAAUCAGUAGAAAGCAGUAACUGUGUUCCGAGCGAGGAUGUGCAGCCAGGACCUGAAGGAGGAGGAGGAGGAGGAGAACUGGAAGAGGUCUCACCGGGCAACUUGGAAUGCAGAAAGUGCAGCCGGAAAUUCUCUAAUUCCCGGCAGCUAAGAAAACACAUCUGCAUCUUAGUUAAACCUGAAGACCUUGAAGAUGAAGGUGAUCCAGGCGACGAUUCUGACGCUGACCUUGACAGCAGGGAAGAGGAGCGAGAAAAGGCACCUAAGAGGCCACGGCUACAGAGAACGGAGAAGAGCCUUUUGGCAAAGGAAGCAGACCAGGUCUCGGGACCCAAGAACCCCAUUAUAAGUGUGGUUUUGACAGCCCACGAAGCUAUUCCAGGAGCUACAAAGAUAGUCCCAGUGGAGGCUGCUUCUCCGGAAACCGAACCAGCAGCCAAUCUGGAGACGUCAGCGUUGGACUCGUCGCAGCGCAGAGGGUAUCAGGAAUAUGCCAUUCAACAAACCCCCUAUGAGCAACCUAUGAAAUCCAGCAGGCUAGGAGCAACUCAGUUAAAGAUUUUUACAUGUGAAUACUGCAACAAAGUGUUCAAAUUCAAGCACUCCCUUCAGGCCCACUUGAGGAUCCACACCAACGAGAAGCCAUACAAGUGCUCGUUCUGCAGCUAUGCGAGUACCAUCAAAGCCAACCUGAACGUCCACCUGCGGAAGCACACGGGGGAGAAAUUUGGCUGCGACGACUGCCCUUUCACUUGCCUGAGCAAAGGCCACCUGAAGGUCCACGUGGAGAGAGUCCACAAGAAGAUCAAGCAGCACUGCCGCUUCUGCAAGAAGAAGUACUCGGACGUCAAGAAUCUGAUCAAGCAUAUCAAGGAAGCCCACGAUUUGCUGGACAAAAAAGUGAAGGAUGUGUUUGACGAGCUCCGCUUGAUGACCCGCGAAGGCAAGAGGCAGCUGCUGUACGACUGCCACAUCUGCGAGCGCAAGUUCAAAAACGAACUGGAUCGUGACAGGCACAUGCUCGUCCAUGGAGACGAGAGGCCUUUCGCUUGCGAGCUGUGCGGCCAUGGAGCCACCAAGUACCAGGCGCUGGAGCUUCACGUCCGGAAGCAUCCCUUUGUGUACGUCUGUUCCGAGUGCUCCAAGAAAUUUGUCAGCUCCAUCCGGCUCCGCUUGCACAUCAAAGAAGCGCACGGGGAUUUGCCGGAGUCAUCCGUUUUUAACAGUUCCAUCAAUCAGAGCUUUUGCUUGCUGGAACCAGGUGGGGAUAUCCAGCAGGAAGCCCUUGGUGAACAGUUGUCUCAGACAGCCGCAGAACUCUCGCUCUUAAACUCCAAGGCCCUUUGUAUACCGAAGAAAACUGUUUGCGCCGGUGAAUCAGAUAGCCAUCGUGAUAGCUCGGGGGACAAUUUAGCUGCCGCUCCUUCAGAGCUUCCAGUUCCAAGUGCUGUAGAUCCUCUUUGCCAGCCAUCAACCCAAUCAGAAUCCCAAGAUGGGUGCCCACAAAGUGAUUCAGGUGUCUUUCUUCUGAGAGGUUCUUCAGAAGAAGAAAAGUCGUCUCUUGGAAAGGAAGAGGAACCCUCUCGUGAUCGCUCGAUAGAUGGAGAGGGUGAAGUGAUUCAGCUCCCUGGAGAUGAAAGCUCCAGUGUUGACAGGGAUACCCAAGAUCCCCAGUGCACGCCUGAUCCUUUGGAAAAUGGCCAAUCUUCUGGCCCUCUGGAGCAGGGAGAUAACACGUCAGCAACGGAAAAGGUGGACCCCUCAACCCCACUUCCUCUUCUGGAAUCGAACGCUGCCACCGGUGAGAAUGCUGAUUCUCUCACACCAUCUUCAGAUCAUCGAACUGGGGCUGCAGCUUUUAUGCAGAUUCUGGACAGUUUGCAGAAAAGACAAAUGAACACGACCUUGUGCGAGAAGAUCAGGAAGGUCUACGGAGACUUGGAAUGUGAAUACUGUGUGUCUACAAAUGGUGGAAUCUAUACAUUGGUCUGCAAGAGGAAAGAGCACAGAAAUACCAUGCGGAGAAGUGUCUUGGAGGAAUGUCUUGGCAAACCACUCCAGUUUUUCCCCUCUGACCACAGGAUCUCUUUAGUACUCAGCAGCCCUCUCUGCGGCAGCACCAAUGCAGAUUCUAAGCCUGGCUUCUGCUCUCAAUGCAACUAUUCUUCCAUCACCAAAAACUGCCUUAAAAGACACGUAGUCCAGAAGCACAGUAACAUUUUGCUGAAGUGUCCCACCGAGGACUGCGAUUAUUCCACCCCAGAUAAAUACAAGCUGCAGGCACACUUGAAAGUUCAUACAGAGAUGGACAAAAAGAAUUAUUCCUGCCCCGUGUGCGAGAAAUCGUUUUCCGAAGACCGACUUAUAAAGUCACACAUAAAGACAAACCACCCGGAGGUUUCGAUGAACACCAUCUCCGAGAUUGUGGGCAGGAGGGUUCAGCUGAAAGGGCUGAUCGGAAAGCGGGCGGUGAAGUGUCCCUAUUGCAAUUUUUAUUUCAUGAAGAACGGGUCAGACCUCCAGCGUCAUAUUUGGGCCCACGAAGGCAUCAAGCCGUUCAAGUGCUCUCUCUGCGAAUACGCCACUCGAAGCAAGAGCAACCUGAAAGCUCACAUGAACCGGCACAGCACCGAGAAAACCCACCUGUGUGACAUGUGCGGGAAGAAGUUCAAAUCGAAAGGCACCCUGAAGAGCCACAAACUCCUCCACACUGCAGAUGGGAAACAGUUCAAGUGCACGGUUUGUGAUUACACCGCUGCCCAAAAGCCCCAGCUCCAGCGUCACAUGGAGCAGCACGCUUCGUUCAAGCCUUUCCGGUGUGCUCACUGCCAUUAUUCCUGCAAUAUAUCUGGCUCCCUGAAGAGGCAUUACAACAGGAAGCAUCCUAAUGAGGAGUACGUCAAUGCAGGUUCCGGCGAGCUGGCGGCCGAAGCUCUUCUCCAACAAGGUGGUAUAAAGUGCCCCGUUUGCAACUUUGUGUAUGGCACCAAAUGGGAAUUCAACAGACACCUCAAAAACAAACAUGGACUCAAGCUGAUGGAGCAGGACGGGCCGAUGAAGUGGGAGCCCACCGUGGAAGUUUCUGAGGAGACGGCGACCCAGUAUCUCCACAUCACGGGAACAGAAGAUGCGCCAGGGACUGAGGCGGCAGUGGCGGCACUGCAGAACCUGCAGUACACCUCAGAAAACGGCGGACCACCUGACCCCACAGCUGUCAACAUCCUACAGCAAAUCAUCGACCUGGGCGCAGAGCCCCACGACGCAGCGGCCGUCGCCUCCGUGGUCGCCGUGGCCCCCAGUACCGUAACCGUCGUGAAGCAGGUCACGGAAGAGUAGCCAGCUGCCAACCACACGGUCAUGAUCCAGGAAACGUUGCAGGAGGCUUCAGUAGAGUUGCAGGAGGCUCCAGUAGAGCAUCAUCUGGUCAUCUCCAACGAGGUGGAAGGGAUCGGGACAGUGACUGUCUAUACCCAGGGAGGAGAAGCCUCAGAGCUUAUCGUAUAUGUGCAGGAAGACAUGGAGGCCGUGGAGGCGCAGGCAGUGGAGGACGAACCGUCUGCACAGAAGAUCUAGCUACA